CACCCUAGGUCCAUAAAUAUCUUCAAGCACCUCUUUCCACAAAGACGAUUGAUCUUGUAGGAGCCGCCACCACCACUUAGCUAAGAGGCUAACAUUAACCAAUCUAAUAUCUCUAACACCGAGGCCCCCUUUACAUCUAGGUAAACAAUGCCAAAUAUAAAAUUGAAAAUUAAGAUAACAGGCUCAUGAGUAACAUAAGUAGUAACAUGUUAAACACCUUGAGAAGUUACCGUGGUAGCCAAGUCUUCAAGUUUAGCACUACUACUAUCCAUUCUCACAAACCCAUUUGUGUAAAGAUCAAAUCAUUUUCACUUAGACGAGGGAUUGUGAAAGUGGAACCAAAACCAAGAAAAUGUUUCAGUUCAAAAGCUGUUGACUUGUUGGAAAAGCUUGUUGUGAAAUUCUUUUAUGAUUCUUCACUUUGUCAUCAUUGGCUUGCUGGUAAUUUUGCACCUGUUCAAGAUGAGACACCUCCUAUUAAGGAUCUUCCUGUUAAGGGACACCUUCCGGAUUGCUUGAAUGGAGAGUUUGUUAGGGUGGGACCUAAUCCGAAGUUUUCUCCCGUUGCUGGAUAUCAUUGGUUUGAUGGAGAUGGAAUGAUUCAUGGUUUGCGUAUCAAAGAUGGAAAAGCUACAUAUGUUUCCCAUUUUGUGAGAACUUCUCGCCUUAAACAAGAAGAAUACUUUGGAGGCUGUAAAUUUAUGAAGAUUGGAGAUGUCAAGGGUCUACUUGGACUUUUAAUGGUUACCAUACAAACGUUGAGAGAAAAGUUGAAAAUACUUGAUGUUUCUUAUGGAACUGGAACAGCAAAUACAGGUCUUGUAUAUCACAAUGGGAAGCUUCUAGCGCUCUCAGAACGAGACAAACCAUAUGCUAUUAAAGUUUUUGAAGAUGGUGAUUUGCAUACACUUGGUAUGUUAGAUUAUGAAAAGAGACUUGACCAUUAUUUCACCGCUCAUCCAAAAGUUGAUCCUUUUACUGGGGAGAUGUUUACAUUUGGAUAUUCACAAACACCACCAUAUAUCACAUACAGAGUAAUUUCAAAAGAUGGUUAUAUGUAUGAUCCUGUUCCAAUAACAAUAUCAGAUCCCAUCAUGGUGCAUGACUUUGCCAUAACCGAAAAUUACGCAAUUUUUAUGGAUCUUCCUGUGUACUUUAGGCCAAAGGAAAUGGUGAAGAAUAAUAAACUCAUAUUCUCUUUUGAUUCAACCAAGAAAGCUCGUUUUGGUGUCCUACCUCGAUAUGCUAAAGAUGAUAAGCUCAUAAGAUGGUUUGAAUUGCCAAAUUGCUUCAUAUUCCAUAAUGCUAAUGCUUGGGAGGAGGAGGAUCAAGUUGUUUUGAUCACGUGCCGACUGAAUAAUCUAGAUUUGGAUAUGGUCAGCGAGGAUGUCAAGGAUAAACUUGAAAGUUUCUCAACUCAAUUGUAUGAAAUGAGGUUUAACAUGAAAACCGGUAAAGCUUCUCAAAAGAAACUAUCAGCAUUUUCUGUAGAUUUUCCGAGGGUGAAUGAAAGAUAUACCGGAAGGAAACAGAAGUAUGUUUAUGGAACCAUAUUAGACAGCAUUCCAACUGGGAUUGUAAAAUUUGAUUUGAGUGCCAAACCUGAUUUCGGCAAAACAAAGCUUGAAAUUGGAGGAAAUGUUCAUGGUAUCUAUGACUUGGGACAAGGAACAUUUUGCUCUGAUCCUAUUUAUGUCCCACGCGUCCCUGGAACUGAUUCCGAUGAAGAUGAUGGAUACUUGAUCUUUUUUGUACAUGAUGAGAAUACUAGGAAAUCGUUCGUACAUGUCAUAGAUGCAAAAACAAUGUCAGCAGAUCCUGUUGCAGUUGUAGAAUUGCCUCAAAGAGUUCCAUAUGGUUUCCAUUCCUUCUUUAUGACAGAGGACCAACUGCAAGAACAAGCCAAACUAUAACUAUGUUGACAGCUUCACCGUACUUCACCGUACAACGCUGCGUCGAUCUGUUUACACAUAUUUGUAGGAUAUUUUUUGAAUAUUUGAUUAUAGAAUAAAGGUCUCAUUAUUCUAUUAUUUGAGAAAUGAUUGCUCGAGUAGAUAACAUCGUAAGGGGGAGCAAGUUGUUAGAUCUAACAGUUAGUUAUACUGAUUAGCUUUUCUUUUUACCAAAGUUAUACUAGUUAGUUAGUUAGUUAAAACAGUUUCUCAAAUACAAGUCUUGUGUACUCUUGAUGUAAAUUUAUUCUCAUUAUUCAUAUAUAAUUUACAUUUUA